GGGCAUUUGUUUUGACCUCUGCGUCAGACUUAUGUCGCGAGGGAACAUUUUGUUCGACCUCCGUGUCCAUGGGAGAUAUGCCUCUGUGCUGGUGUGGAUUUCAUACUACUUCCGCCAAACCUCUGUGUUUUGGAAUUAUGGCCUCCGUGCCGUGUGUAUCCCUUAGCGCGUACUUCUUUGGCGUAUUUAUUUGGUGUCUGACAACUUUCCUUAACCAGGAACAAAGCAAGUCGGAGGCGGUAAAACAAUACUGGAAAAAGAGAGAACUGGAAGACGAAAUUAAUAUCGAAGAAGUUAACGCGACGAUAGAUACACGAAAGCAAGGUCAUUUGCUACGAAAAAUAAUUACGGAAAAGUUAGAAAAACGGAGUGCCUCACAAGUCGAAGAAGAGACCAAUUUUGAACAAGGUCAAAUAAAGCGGACAAGAACAGACCGUCAAGUCACACCGGAAGAUCAAAUCAAUCCGUCUUUCCUACUUUCUGAGAAUCACAUGGCCAAUACUGCUUUAUAUACCCAAAACAAUGAUAUAUGGGAAAAAUUGGCGCGACAAGAAAAUCAAAUCAAACUCCAGAAAGAAUUUAACAAGGAACAACUAUCGGAAUUAGAUGACGAUUACAAUUUAAUUGAUCACGAGGUGGUUUAUCUUGACUUUGCAUUUCGUGUACAACUAAUGUAUUCAUUGCUAUUCAACCUUCCAGAUCUUCAUGAAAGUGGACAAUUGCUGUGCUAA